AAAAAAUCAUCUCUGUUCAUUAUUAAUUUUUAAAAAAAAUAAGUGUUACAUUUAUUUAGACUUUACUGCAUCAUUUUACCUGCGAUACUUGCCCAAUUGGCAAAGGAUUUUAAUUAUGUCAUCUAAAUUCGCGACAAUAUAUAUAUAUAUAUGAUAGUUCAGUGUUGUUUUUUCUCAGCAAUUUGGGAAUUGAACCGGAGUUUUUCUGAAAAGGAAACAGAAUUAGGAACCCCAACAUAGAAAUGAACAAUAAUGUUUUAUAGGCCAGAGGCCGAGAUGGAGGCAGGAAAUGACAAUGAAUGUGUGGAAGUGGAGGAUGACCUAUCCUCAAAUAACCUCACAGCUGUCCCUUCAGCUGUACUUGAAGAACAAAUAGUUGUUAAGUUGCUUCUUGACUUCAAUGACAUUGAUAUUCUGCCUGAUAACUUUGGUGGUCUCCAAGCAUUGAGAUACUUUUCUGCAGUUGGAAAUAAUCUGUGCUUGUUGCCUGAAAGUUUUGGUGAUCUUCAAAAUUUGGAAGAACUUCAUCUCAAUGAAAAUAGCUUAACUAGGUUGCCUGAUUCAAUUUGUAAACUAAACAAGUUAAGAAUAAUAAAACUCACUGGAAACCAGUUGGAAUUCUUGCCACAGGAGUUUGGAGAAAUAACUAACUUACAGGUAUUACAUUGUGAUGAAAAUAGGCUAAAAUGUUUGCCAAAGACAUUUGGAAUUUUAGAAAAUUUAUAUGAACUUGAGAUUGGUGCUAAUUCAAUAAAGUGUCUUUCAGACGGGUUUGGCAUGCUUAAGGCAUUGCAAGUCCUAAAUCUUAGCAGUAACAAUCUUGAAACACUUCCUGACAGCUUUGGAAAUUUGUGCAAUCUUGUAACCCUGGACAUGUCAGCUAACAGAAUAAAACAACUGCCAACUCAUUUCAGCUCAUGCCAUAGUCUACAGAAACUAUACUUUGACUGUAAUUUGCUCUUAGGGCUGCCAGAGUGGAUAUCAGAUCUUAAAAAUAUAAUAGAAUUCUCUGUGAAGGACAAUCAGUUUCAAGGCCAGGCAUUGCCUGACCAAUUUCCUCACAACUGCCAAAAAUUGAAACACUUGAACAUGAGUGGAAACUUUAUGAGUGAGUUGCCUGCUGACCUUGGUGCUAUGAAGAGUGUGGAGUUUAUCCACUUAGGAAGUGUGAUAGGUGAGCUCGAGAGACGGAACUUCCAAAAUGGCAACUGGCUGGCAGAGAUUCCAUCCAGUAUCUGUGAUUUGGUCAACCUUAGAGAACUGUAUGUGGAUGAGAACCAGAUCACAGACCUUCCAGAAAACUUUGGUGAUCUGGUUUCUUUGGAGAUUUUGGAUAUGGGACAGAACCUACUACAUGUACUGCCAGACUCCUUUGGCCAGUUGCGGUCUCUGCGGGUGUGUAUGAUCUCCAAGAACCACCUGAAAUGGCUGCCCAGCAGCUUUGGGGAUCUGUCGGCCCUGGAGGACCUGAGGCUAGAUGAUAAUGAGCUGUCUGAGCUUCCUCAGUCAUUCAGCAAGCUGAUACAACUGAAAACACUGGACCUGUUCAGUAACCGACUGACGGAGGUCCCUGAAGCCCUCAGACACCUCACAAACCUGAUCAGACUCGACAUUGACUCCAAUGACUUCCAUGUUCCUCUGUCUGAGAUUCCUCUGAUCACCAAGGAGACAAGGUACGCAACGAGGGACCCUGCUCUGAAAGACAACUGGAGGGGUCGGAUCAGGCAGGACCUCACACACCUCAAGAAUGUGGUCAUGGUGAAAACAGAGAAUGGUUCAGAAGAGGGGUUUGACAGUCCACCAGAUGACCUUCCAUUCAGCAGUGACGUGCUGGAGCGGGCGGCGAUGCGCAGUAUGUCCAUCUGGAAGAGCCAUAAAGACACCUCAACCAGGCGCAGGCCUGCCAGGAUAAAGAGUGCAAAAUUGAGGCAUUACUCCAAUAGUCCAGGCAGCGAGGGGGAGGAUUCUGGAAAAGAUGGUUGCUGGGAAGACACAGACAGCGGAACCGACUACGACAACAACCAGGGAACAGAUGAUGAUGAUGAUGAUGAUGAAUAUGAGCCUCCACUGAUUGUUCAACCAAAGAUGUGGAGUGGUUACAAGGCCCCAGAGCCGCCAGCUGGCAGUCAUGCAAUUGUUGAGUCGUUCUUUGAGGAGACGGAAAACUGGGAUGAGGAGAUUGAGGAGAAUGUACAGCAGUGUGGAACAUUCAAUGCUCCUAUUAUGGAUGUUGACCCACUGAAGAUCUACUACCCGCCGGUGGAGAACGGUCCAUUCACGUUUGCGCCCAAUGACAUUCAUGAGCAAGAUUACAUCAAAAGGCCGCAAAAGUAUGCUGUGGAGGACAGUCAGUUUGAUAACUGUGAUAGCGAUGAAACAGAGGAACUCAAUGUCAACCCUGUUUUUUGAGAUUUGAAUUACUUAUUUGUCUCCCAAGACGUUGAUCUCAGGUUUUGACUCAAUUUACAGUGUAUGCUUGUCUAUGCCUCUCAUGAUUUGAUGGCUCUGUAAGCAAUAUUGAGAAACAGGCAAGGUAAUCAGCAUAGUUUAUAAAAGACACACCAAUCAAGGUCCAAUGUUGAAAUUGGUGCAAAAAAUACAAAAACUGAACAAAUCUUUAUGUAAUGCUUUUCUGUGGUUUUAUAAAAUAUAACUGAAUUGUUUCUCUUAUCUCUAAUAGCCUUUUUCAGGUAAAAAAAUAAAAAUACCCGGUGAACAUAAACUCACAAAAUCAUGGGAAGCAAAAUCAGUGACAUCUUUUUUGUGUUAUGUCAUUUAGCUAAAAUAUGGCGUGAUUUUUCAAUAAAAACUUGAUUCAUGAUUUUUUGGAAGAAUUAUAAGCAUGAAAUAUAAAUAGAAACGGUUUGUUUCACUGUAACUUUGCAAUAUAUUCUUCCUCUGAACACCAAAAUAAAACACAUAGGCAAAGUCCCUCAUGGAAUGACGUUUAUGAUGCUCACUCAGAGAAAUUUAGCUUGAUUUUAUAGUAUUACAACUCUUUUGUAGAUUUGUUUAUGCUUGUAAUAAACUAGUUCAGUUUUAUAAGUACAAACAUUGAUUGCUGUGGUUAAAAUAAAAAAAGUUAAGGAUAUUUAUGACCACACAACAAAUACAUUUUGAUUAAGUCCUGAGUUUCAUAGUGAAGUGUAAUGAGAAUGAAAUGCAAGGGGUAUGAGAGGGAACACUAUUUCCAGUUAAACAGAGUUGUAGGAUAUACUUUUAGUAGUGUGCUUUAGCUAGGUUUUAAAAAGGGCAGGGUCCUGCAGAAAAAGGGACAGGGCUAAGGGAGAAAAAGGGCUUAUUGUAUCGGGCUGUCAAGAGCCUCAACAUUAUGAAUAUGCCAGAAUAAAAUUAAUGCUAUUCAAGGUGCUAUAAAAAUGUGACAGGGUUCAGUACUCUUUCAUAACUCCUUAGCUAAAACUACCUUUACUGACACACAACUGUAACAAACUGAAAAGAUUAGUUUUUGUUACAAAGGCUUUAGCAGGUCUUUAACGCAAGCUGUGCUGUUUCAUUAUGAAAAUUGAAAUCAAAUUUAUGAUUAUCAACCUGCCAUAUGUCUGGACAUUCAGAUUUAUGUGAAAGGUUAGUGUGUUGAUUGUUGCUAAGCAAUACCUAGGUCAAAGGAACAGUCACUGUGAUUUUAUGCUCUUUCAAAAUGCUAUAGGCAUUCUUAACAUUCAUACCUCAGAAGGAUUUUAUUGUAUCUAAAAAGUUUGAAAACCCAUUUCAUUUACUGGUCUAUGAUUGUAUUAAUAGUUUUGUACAUGUUUUCUGCUCUUAAGCUGUGCCUUAAGAUCAUGUAUGUAUAUUUGAUGAGUCUCUGAAAAUACAUGUUAUAUUUUCGGUUAUAAUUUUGUAGUUGGAACAAAUAUUCUUCAUAACAUGAGCUCUCAGUGUAACUGAUGUUGUGAAUUUUUAUAUUUUCAUGCAAACAAUUUUACAUUAGAAUAUGUUUUUACAGUAUAUGUGUAAGCUGUUUGUCACUUGAGACAGAGAUUCAGGUCCAAGUUUUUGUAUUUGAAUAAACAAACAAGUAAAAUAUUGAGUUUGCAUUAGGAAACUUUAAUUUAAUAUUUUGCCGAUUUUUUUUUAAAGCUUUUUUGUAGCUUUUUAUCAACAUUCUUGCUUAUAUGUGUAGUUGAAAUUUAGCAAUCACGCUUUCCAUGACAAAAAAUGAUAAUGUUUGCUUGUUAAUUUUGUGUUCUCUUUGUACUGUGAAAUCUCUUGACAGAAUUAAAUUGGUAUGCAUGCCAUUGUUUGUGACAAUUUAAAGUUACUUUAAUAGUUCAAUUAAGUUUAACAUAGUUUUGUAAAUCAACCAUGAUUAACCAUUAGGGAUAAUGUGUGUUUUAAUAUUAAUAUUGGUCAGUUGACUCGUUAAUUGUUAUUUGUCAAUAAAAACCUUAUUCAAUUUAAAUUAAUUUUAAUGAUUAUGUCUAUUUGUUAAUUUGUACAAUUUUUGAUGAAUCUUUUCUUUUUUCAAUUGUAAUUUUGUUUUUUCAUGAUCAUUUUACUUGGUCAUGGCAAACUGGUAUGGAACAGUGUUAGAUAAAUAAACUGUUAGUU